GAGACUAUCGAUAUCUGCACCUAAGGCGCCUAUUAUCACAUUCGGAUUACGAAGACAAAGACAUGCGAAACCUGGAUACGAUUAGUGGCGAAGAAAAGCAAAGUCCUGCCAACUUAGUCUAAAUUGUUUCUAAGCCGGCUGCCUAUACGCCUGCGUUUUGAGCAAAGCGGUAGUAUCUUUUUCGGAACCAUCGAUAGCUUGUCAUCUCCAGUAAAAAUGCAGAACUUGAAGAUCCAAGAGGAAGUCAAUUCAUUGAUGCGUCUAGGCCAGCACUUCGAUGACCAGUUAAAGCUGGCUAGCGUCGAGUUGGGCGAUUUCUCGGACGAUGACCUGGCGCUCCUUGACAAAUGCGCCCAAUAUUAUUCACUUUUGCACAUUCACGACAUCAAUCUGAACUACUUGCGCGACUUCUAUUGUGCCAAGAAGAGGGAAUGCAUAGAAAACCGGCAGACCACAGUGCAGCAACGCGUAGAGCUGCAGCGCAUCCUCUCGUCCAUCGAGGAGGCGACUAGGGACGUAGUUAUGUUGGAGAGAUUUAAUGCUGCUGCGGAAGAGCGGCUCAUCCCGGAUAUCGUCGUAAUGCAGCGAAACGCCCAACAGCUUGCAACAAAACAGGCCUUACUGGACCGGCAAAAAACCCUUAAGAUCCCAAAGGAUUUUAGCAUUGAAAGUGUCAUCGAGAAGGUAGAUUCGCUGGAGCAGCGCUAAAGAAGUGAAUUGCUUUCGUUUUUAAAAAAUUAUUUAAUUGUAUUUACUCAGUAAUGCAAAACACUUUACAAAAACAUAAAAUCUGCAAAUUUUAAAGAUG